UAUAUGUACAUACUCUGUUCUCUGUUUAUACUGGCCCGUAUUGAAGGUCAUCAAAUCAAAGAAGAAGCAGUCAAUAAUAAGCAGCUGAUUUGUAUAGCGAAAUAUCAUGGGAGCUUCGUCGUGAAAUCCGCAACGAUCAUCUACGAAAAGCCAAUUGUCACUCGUAAUCAAGCGGAUUAUUGUCGAUUUUCCAUCAGCGGAGUUGAUAAAAUGAAUAUAGUGUGCGUAAUAUGUAGUGAUUUGCUGGCACCAUCCGACGAUGUUUUCCACACACCCUGUGGACAUAUUUUUCACUUCGCGUGCUUAAUACAGUGGCUAAAAAGAUCAAAGACCUGCCCACAAUGUCGGGACAGGACAACGGAGCAGACGAUACGCAGGAUAUAUUUCAAUUUUUCAAACAGCGACAGUAUCGCAGAAGAUGCUGCAUCACUGCAGAACAGAAUUGACACGCUGAUUCUUAUACUAAAGUUGAAAGAUGAAAUUCGCAAACUCACAGAGGAAAAUGGAAAAUUGGAAACACAAUAUUACAGGAAAGAGAAUGAACAUCUGAAGAAAAAUAUUCAACAUUUGGAAAAGGAAUUGGAACACAUGUCUAAUAAGAGCAGAGAGGUUAGAGAGAAAUAUGAAAAAUUACAGCAAGAAUAUACGCGUGUCUCUACAGAAAACAAGGUUAUAAAUCCAGAUAGUACCGAGAAUACUCCACAGAGCAUAAAAUCGCAAGGUUUCUUUUCGAUGAGAGAUAACGAUAUAAAAAGACAGAAAUCUAAUAACAGUUUGAAAGAAACUUCGAUACUUGCGAAAAAAUCGAAAUUUUAUCAACCGGAUCAAAAAACUGCCAGUGGCAGUGGUAUGAGUUUUGAUGGCUUCAGAGGACAUGCUAGGUACGAUAAAUUUCCUAAUCCGAUUCCCAGUUCACAUGUAAAAAAAACCAGAAAGGACUUAAGAAUGAAAAAACCGAAACUUGAUACGGGUGAAUCAGAAACUCAGUGAUAUACUGCAUCAUGUACGAUGUAUAAUGAUAUAAUGAUAUAGCAUGGUGCCUUUUUUUUAUUGUGGGUGAAAUAUCUUCCACUACAGGGAUACUCCAGGGACGUUUCCGCCCUUGAGCCUGUCCUGUAGCCCCCCUAGUCGGGGGGAAGACCCCUCCGCCUCUGAGGAGAGGCAGAGGGAGUGCCGGAUUCCAUGUGCGUGUAUCGCGGAAGAUACCACGCACAUGGCCUACCGGCUAAAAACACCCACGAGUCCCUCGCGACGCUUGAGAGGGGAACCCGGGAAUUGUUAUUAGCAUACAUCCAGAGAACCCCCUACAGCAUGGUGUCUAAAUUAAACAAAAUAAAAAUUAUAAUAAAUUAAAUAUAAAAUCCAAGGUAUGAAAAGACGACUUUCAACCUGGAACUAGAAUUGCGUUAUUUAUUAUUACGUUUAAGGAAAAGAGAUUAGAUAAUUGUAAAUUUUAAAUUCUUGAUUGUAAAAUAUA